AAAUUGGGAAAAUUGAAAAUGGCGACGACCGGUGGCGCAAAUAUGAGUGAGAAAAAAAUGUCACUUAGAGACUUGUGGCACUGUUUAGCAAACCCUGAUAAAGUGUCUCAGGAGCAUUUACGUGAUCUCUUGAAGGCUAACAAUAACGAUUUGUUAAACGGUCUCUUGAAGUAUUCAAAUGAGAGCCCUAAUAGCAUAAAUGACUCUCUCAAGAAAUUAAAUGUCACUACUUCCAAAGAGAUUGAUUAUUAUAAGAAAUUAAACAAAUUUCUGACACUAAACGUCACCGUAUGUCACAAACUACACAAAGAUUUUGUUAAAUAUGAUCUUCGCAACGGAGACGAAAAUGAAGAUGAUUUGCUGAGAGAUGAGAGAAAUGUUAAAAUGCUUUUGUAUGGAAUCAGAGAUUUUUAUUAUACGGAAAGAUUACUGUUGUUGCAGUGUAUAAAGCAUCUUCUUCAUAUUUCUAUGUGGCCCGAUCAAAAAGCAAGUCAGAAAAUACAAAGUCUAUUUGAUGAUACAGUAAAGCAAAUGUGUAAUAAUAAUUUGGCUGAGAAACUACUAGAACAAUAUAAGUUCAUUAGCGGAUCAUCACCGCCAAAUUUGGAAGAGAAUGGAUCAUAUAUGACUGAUCAAGAAAUUAAUUUAUGGCAAUUACAAAAAUUCAGGGAACUUGAGAGUUUAUUAGAGAUUUUAUUACUCUUUUAUAAAAGUAUGGAAUUAACACCAGCCUAUUCGUUAAAAUAUCUCAAACAUUUCAAAGAGACUUUAGAUUGGAUGAGAAAAUUCUCUAAUGGUUAUUUCUCUGAUUAUACAGAAAAAAUUAGAUUAUUGCAAGUAUGCAUUAUAAUUGAGGGUUUCGAUUUGGAAUACUUAAAAUCGUGUAAAGAUACAAAUGAUACAACCAAGCAUUCUUAUAUCACAUGUUCCCAAUUUCAAGAAAUUGAAAAUGAAAUAAAGAUCUUGGGUUGUGAUACUGGUGGAAGUCCAUUGAUGUUGUCUUGGGGUUUGGUAAAGUAUUGUAAAAGCAAUAAUGAAGCGGACAUAGAAAUGUUUGGGGAAGCUGCAAUUUCUAUGAAUAUGUUUAAAUAUUUAUCUCAAAUGCUCUCUCUAAAAGAACUUUGCCAUAAAACGAAAGUGAAUUCCAUAGUCAAGACAACAUAUUAUGGAAUGAUGCAGCUGUUAUUAGAUCUAUUUGAUGCAAGUGUCUUAUCUGAAGACGAGGAGGUCUACAAUUUAAUAGCAAAUAUACUAAGUGAACCAACUCUUAGCUCCAUGUUCUGGGACCAAGGUUUGGACAAUGGUUUGGGAUUGAUUUUGAAAAGAGCAGCGACUAAAUUUCCAUCCAAUUUUCUACCUUUUAUGGAAUUAUCUAUUGCAUUAGCAAAAAGUAGUUCAUUCAGCGCUCAAAAUAUUUUUGAAUACAUCAAACGAUUGGAUAUUCUAUCGAUAAAAUGUCCAUCAAAUGCGCUAUUUGACUUGAAAUCUAAUGACUUUGGUCUGAUAGCUACACUUCAAAAAGACUACUAUCCCCUCGUUGAUUUCUGUGUUGCCAAAAAUACUAAGGGCAUUUUGUAUACGGAUAAAGAAACGGUUGAAUGGUACCAUAAAUAUAACGGAUUUCAUUUAUUUUCGUCAAUGUUAAAGCAGCUAUUAAAUGGGAAUAACGAUGGAAACGCAUUAGUGCAUUUAAAGAAUCUGUCUAAAAUAUACGAAUUGGUUUCGUCUAUCUCAAACUCUGAUAGCAACGCGUUACCUUAUCUACAACCCAUAAUUCAAAGCUGCUUUCCACUCCAAGAAGACUGCUUACAGUUUGGAGUUGAUGGUUUAUCUCUUGCUUCGGCUUGUUUUGAUAACUUUAUCGACGCUGAGACGAUAUUAAAAGCUUGGACUGAAUUGACAAAAUGUAAUUUUCUACCACUUCCACACCGUCUUAAUCAAACUAUCUCUGACAUUGUGGCGGAAAGCAGUGGGAAAUUAUGUACCUUAACAGAGAUCGUCCACGCAGAGUGUGGUUUGUUAGAGUAUAGAGUUGUUAAGAGCUGUUUAAAUUAUGUCAUCAAACUAAUUCCGCACCUGGCUGAUCAUAAUCGACUUGACGAGUUAAUUUCACUUGUUGUAUUCAUCUUAAAUAAUAUAUUCACUGUCUACGUUGGCUGGAGCUAUUCAGAAAAUUCUGAAAAGGAAACUAUUGGAAUAUAUUGUUUACAAAUCUUUCAUAAAAUCCUUAAUAUAUUCUCUGAUCCCACUGAAGAAAGGCAACAAAUUUGCGAAGUAUUGUUAUACUGCUUGCUGCACUCGAAAGCGGGAUUCAUCCUUUUAGAACUAAUUGGUACCGGUAGUUCUACCAUCAAUGCAGCUCUUGUUCAACAGGGAAGUAUAACUGAUGGACAAGGAACAAAAUUGGUGGAAGUAGUAACAAGAGCCUGCUCAUUAUUAAAUAUACUUCUUCUUCUCAGGCCAAACAAUGGGGAAGUGUCUCCCAUUGAAACAACACUAUGCUCGAAGACAAGUACAAGAUGGAGACAUAAGCACGAGGAGCAUGUAGUGAGGGUCAUUGCGGAGUAUGUACUUAUUGAAUAUGAUCAAAGAUUACCACGGCUUGCUGUUAUGCUAUUAAAAAAACUUGCAAGAGUCCUAAAUAUAUCUAUCCUCUCCUGUUUUGAACCAUCAGCAAAUUUCAUACGAGAUGUUUAUUUCGAUCGUUUGAAGUCUAGAGAUCAGCCUUUGGCUAUAAAAGUUGCAAUAUUGGAAUUUCUAUCGGCGUGUACAGAAUCUCAACCAGGAUUGAUCGAAUUAUUUAUGAAUAUAACACAUCCUGUUACGCAGGCGAAGGCUAGUGCAAAUAAGGAUAGUUGUCUUGAUAUAACAUUAAAGAUGAUAGACGAAAAUAUUCAAAGAACUGAAGCUUGUCCUUCCGAUUUAUUGUGUGCGGCUAUGCAAUUUAUUCAUUCACUAUGGGCAUCUAGAAAGGAUGCUGCAAUGAAUUAUCUUUGUUCCAAGCCAAAUUUCUGGAAGUGCGUUUGUUCUUUGUUGCUACAGAAUUUAUCUGAAAUAGAACUGAAAACCGAACUAAGGACUAAAUCGUUUUCUGUUCGAGCAUCGUCGUUUAUAUUUAGUAUAUUAGCUGAGGAGUUGUACGGAGUUGAAAAAGAUGAUGAAAAAUUAAAGGAAGUAUUGAAUGUUCUCGUAUCCGAAUCCCGUUUUGAACAUUGGUCGGAAUUUCUCACGCAAUCUUUGUGUGAAAUUGAUAUUGAAAAAAUACAUAAAGAAUCGUCUUACGAAGCAAAUGUUUUCCAAUUAUUACUGGGCUGGAAGAAAUUUGUCUACGUUAUUUCUGGUAAUAGACCUGACGUUUUAAGACUGGAGGGUAAAGUACGUGAAAAAAUUGUCAUACAUUUAUUGACUCUAUUAGAGAAAUUGUUGGAUAAUGGGUCUUCCGAAAAUAAAUCUUAUAAUAAGAUAGCAAGCGUUACGUCUUCUAUAAUACUGGUUUUACUCCGCCAUUGGAGUGACUGCUUGGAAAAAUGGAAGUUCAUUAUGACAAAAAUGAAGACUUUAUUGAGUUCAAGUCUUCAUUUCCGUCCAUCUGUUCAAAUCGGAACUGUGACAAGCACGCUAAUAUGCCUUCAAGAGCUCUUAAGACGAGGAGGAAUAGAAAGCUUAGAAGAAAAGUCUUUACUUAAUAUACUAGAAAUAUUAUGCCGAUAUAUUAAAGAAAUUUCUCAUCUAAACAUUGAAAGCUCCAACGAAGUUAAAGUUCAAGUUUCCGUUUUAUACGCAAUAAAUGACGGGGUUUCUUUAAUGAAAAGCGAGUUCCCAGAUAAUUUCCUAUGGUUUUCUAAUAUGAAGAAAUAUAGCGUUUUCGAAAUAAUCAUUUCUAGUCUUAGUUAUGUCAUUCAGAAUCGAUGCGCUUACGAUUACGUUAGUGCUUCGUUACUUUUCUUAUUAAACCUUACAAUGUCAUCGGAAGUUGCUUUAUGCAUAAGUUCGGCCGGUUUUACACAACAUUUAUGCUUGAAAACAAAAUAUUUAUAUUCAAAAGAAAAUGGUGAAUUCGAAUGGAGUGAAGCUAUAUCAAACGAAAAUUCUAUAUUGACGCGUAAAAGUGGCAGUUGGUCUUCGCUUUUCAUAAAUAUUCUAAAAAUAGUUAGGAAUUUAUUAGAAACAAGGCGUUUAUUUUUUGUCGAUGACGCCUUCAAUUUCGCCGGUGUUCACGAUGAUAGAAUUUUAGCGACUAUGCAAAGGUUUCGCGAACAGUGUUCGAUAGCCUGUUUACCGGAAAUUGAGGCUUCCAGUGCUUUUAUAUCUCAAUUAUCCUUCCAUUCAGUCGAUUGGAGAACGCAAUUACCAAAUGUGAUGAAUAAGUUGAUGAAAGAAAUAAUGCACCUUAGCGAAUUUUGCGUUGCUUUGGUGGUUAAACCGAAAUUCUUGCAAACUUGCAUUAAUAAACAAAUGGAAAACGAUCCAAAUACAAAAAUAAAAGAAACUAAAAAAGCUAUGAGAAGAGCUUUUAGGAGAAUAUCUUCAAUUUCUGCCUCGUCUGAUGAUUGUGACGCCCCAUCUAGAGAGCUUGCAGUUACACAAUACAAGUUAUAUAAGAUUAUUGCUCAUUGUUUACUGGCCUUAAGAAAUUUUUCACCAAAUCUUCAAGAUGGAAUAUUUGAUCAAGUUAUAGAUCUCUCCGAUUACGAACCACUAUUACUUUUGGUGUUUAGUACACCUUCCUUAGAUGAAAUGUCGGCUACACCAUCGUUCGGCACGCUAAUUACCAUAACAAAUGCUUGUUUACGGCUUUUUAGUAAAUUGGAACCCCGUCAAUCGUCGCCAGCUAAAUCCCCUGUAUCUUAUCAAGAUUUUGCUCCCUUAACAAAGUAAAAACGUUAAUUUUUAAGGUGAUGUGAUGGAGUAUCUUUUGUUUCUUUUUUUCUUCCUAACAGAUCACUUUUAAUGAAUGUUCUUGAAAAUUCAUUAUACUUGCUAAUGUCACAGGCAGUACUAUUUUUGAGACAGGAUUAUUUAACUUCUAGAGAUAAACAAUUACUUAAAAGAGAGCUAAACGCCGAAGUUACAUCAAUUUUAUCAAGUUUACAAAGAAUUUUUAGACGUGUUCCCGGUUCGGUCUCUCCGUCGAAUAGUCGAAGAUAUAGCGGUUCACCGUUACAAAAUCAAGUCCGAUCUAAGUGGUCAAUUGACCAAGGCCUAUUUAAAUUAGUUGAAAACUUUGCCACAACUAUCUUAGCUUAAUUUAGUGAUAAGAAAAGACCGAAGAAGGAGGAAGGAAGAAGAGAGGAAGGAGAUGAAAACAAAAAAAAAUUUUUUUUCAGUAACAUUAUUUUUUACUUGUAAAAAUAAAUUUGUUAGUAAAUUAGUUGUUU